AUGUACACAGAGAGGAGGAGUGAGACAGUGGAGGUUGCGGCUGCAUUACGCGCCUGCGCUCUGCGGCCCCAGGGAGCCUUGAUUUGCUCCGGGAUUCCCAGUUCUGCAGCACAGACCGGAGCUGGGAGCGCGGGCGCCGAGUAGGAGCCGUCCAAGAGGGAUUUACAACUAGCGCUGGGACGGAGUCAGACCCCCGAUUACCAGGUCAAACCCCCCCAGAGAAACUAGCGCAGACCCUGCCCAGGCCAGCAGAGGGGAUUCUACAGGCUUUCCAUCUGUGAAUUCGGCACCGCGCUCCAUAAACAAGAUGGGGAAACAGAACAGCAAACUGGCUCCAGAAGUGAUGGAGGAUCUGGUGAAGAGCACGGAGUUUAACGAGCAUGAGCUGAAACAGUGGUACAAAGGGUUCCUGAAGGACUGCCCCAGCGGCAGGCUGAACCUCGACGAAUUCCAGCAGCUCUAUGUAAAGUUUUUCCCAUACGGAGAUGCCUCAAAAUUUGCCCAGCACGCGUUCAGGACCUUUGAUAAGAAUGGAGAUGGAACCAUUGACUUCAGAGAGUUUAUCUGCGCACUGUCAAUCACUUCAAGGGGAAGCUUCGAACAAAAACUUAACUGGGCUUUCAAUAUGUACGACUUGGAUGGGGACGGAAAAAUAACCCGGGUAGAAAUGUUGGAGAUCAUAGAGGCUAUUUAUAAGAUGGUGGGCACUGUGAUAAUGAUGAAAAUGAAUGAAGAUGGUCUGACGCCCGAACAGCGUGUAGACAAGAUAUUCAGCAAAAUGGAUAAGAACAAAGAUGACCAGAUUACGUUGGAUGAAUUCAAAGAGGCUGCAAAGAGCGACCCAUCCAUUGUAUUACUCCUGCAAUGUGACAUUCAGAAGUGAGCGCUUCCAAUGAGCGUUACGGACUGCACAGAAAUGUCAAUGUUCCAUUCAGUUUGCAGCUAUUUCCACAACUAAAUCAAAAAAUAUUAAUAAUAAUAAUUGCUUGGACUACCUAUAAA